UUCAUUGAUAAAUAUUCUGAGUAUUUAUUAUUUUUAGUUAAUUCAAUAUUCAUAUUCCAUAAGGCGGCGGCGGCGGCGGCGGAUCCAUAAAUAAUGUUGACAUUGUUAUGUGAUGUGAAAUUUUUAUCUGGUCGAGAUGACAUAAAUAUUAAAGACACAGAUUUAGGUGCAUUUAAGUACACUGAAAAGAAAUCUGUGUCUAUGAUAAAUCCAUAUGUCGAAGGAAAACAAGACUAUGCACAUCUUCGAGAUCAAGAUUAUAUAUUGCACGGAAGAAAAAUUAAAUCAUUAAAGAAUUCAAUUAAAAAACUGGAAGAAAUCUUGAAAACCAAUCGAAUUGUGCAUUGUACAUGGAUCGAUAAUGCAAUGAUUACAAUGCUGCUUUCAAAUGGUAUUUUAGUGCAUGUUUGUAUAAACAUUUUUACGGGCGAAAUCAACCGUAUUUCAUUCGACAAAUUCUUUUUGGGAAAACUGAUUUCAGAGUCUGUAACAAAUGUUGUCAUGACAAGACUACAUAUACUAAUUUCAUACGAUAUAAAUCAGCUAACAUUCGUAUAUUUACAAAAGCCAAAUAUGAAAAAGAAUGUACCUGAAAAAAUCAGUCGCAUGGAUCCAAAAAUCUUCAAUGUUAUCAUCAGUGGAACUCACACCAAAAAAAUUGCUCGGCAUUUGGCUUGCAACAGCAGCUAUGAUUUAUUGUCUGUUUGGACAAAAUCAUCACAGAAUGAAGUUUAUCCAUGGAGGCCUACAGUUCGUGAUCAAGAUCGCGCUAAUAUUCAUAUAUACAAGCUUAGCCGGAAUAAGUUGGAUCUUUUAUGUUUUCAUUGGACCGAAAAUGAUCCAAUCAGCGUGCAGUUUUCAAAAGUCAAUCAAAACCAGUUACGGUCCAUUGAACAAAAGAUGACAAGAAAGGAAGUUACAAUUGAAAUAUGUGUAUAUGAAAUAAACAAAUCUAAAAUUCAACGACUAUCCACAACAUGUAUUCCAUUACAAGCUCAAGUUUGUUGUUUCUCCUUCAGUCCUGAUAAUGAAAAACUGAUGUUGGGUUGUAUUGAUGCAUCUGUCGUAAUCUUCGAUGAAUGGCGUGGAAUCACUCACCUAAUAAAAGCGGCAUUCAUACCAACACUCGUGACAUGGCAUGCAGAUUCGGCAUGCCUGUGGAUUUCAAAUGAAAAGUGUCAAAUUCAAUGUUUUGAUAUAUCGUUAUCAUGCAUACGAAAUCAAAUAUUGAAUGAAGAAAUAUCAUCGGUUAGUGUGCUUGAUUUGGCGAAUUACUUCACAAUUCAGACACCGCUUUUGAAAAUAAAUUGUAGUAAGAAACCAGAUCUAACUCAAUACAAUGAACGUUACACACAAACCGAUUCGUACGCCUUAUUGCUUUUUGAAAAUGGUCCAAUUGUUAUAUUACGAAUAUACGGCGGAAAUGGACACAAGGGAGAUUUCCAUACAUCGGGACUCACAGCUGAUGUAUUAAUACAACAAUAUUUAAAAUUGAAUAAUGUUGAAAAAGCAAUUAAUGUUCUACUUUGUUUAAAUUGGGACCGUUACGGGGACAUUUUAAUGAUUAGUUUACAGAAAAUUGCAAAUUACAUAUUCAGACAGCCCUUUCAAUUAGAAAGAGAAGCACAAUUAACAAAAGCACUUGGUAGCUUUCUUAUUCCCGUGAAACCUCUAAGUGAUGAGACUCAAAUUGAGUUUAGAGAUCAAGUACGCGAUAUAACAAGAAAAUUUUUCCAAUAUCUCCUCCGGAACAAGUCGUAUGAAAAGGCAUUCAAUUUGGCAAUUGAUAUUGAUGAUGAAGAUAUUUUUAUGGACUUAUCAAACUGUGCAAAGGAAGAUAGUAAUUUUGAGUUGGCACACGAUGCAUUUUGCAAAGCGGAAACAAUAAUUUCUCGUUCUGAUAGUAGCAGGCAGAGUUCACAUUCAACAUGUUCUCGAGAUUCGUGUUCUUUAUGCGACACGAAUUCAUCAGCAGAUGAUGAAUUUGAAACAGAAAAAUCAUGGACUGAAUCGAAAAAAAAAUCGAAAAGCACUGCUGCAAUCAAAAAUAUAAUGUCACCAAUAGGAGAUGGAUUUUUCAUUCCAAAGCCUGAAUUAAAAGUGUCGAAUUUAUCAACAAAACCUGCAUCAAAUCUACCUGUAAAUUUGAAUAAUAAAAAUGCAAAAAUGCCAAAUUAUUCAUUUAUACGAAGUAAAGGCGAAGUAAGUUUAAAUGAUGGAAUUGCUGAACUAUUGAAGUAUCAAAGAAUACAAAAAAGUAGUAAAAUGUCACAAUCGAUACCACAGCAACCUCAUGCUGUUUUCAAUACCGUUGUUGACGUUGUUCCCAAACCACAAUGGAAUAUACCAGAUCAAACAGUUGGAAUUCCAACAAGUGUUGAACAACAUGGUUCCAAGCCUAUCAUUCAUCAUCCUUUAGUUUCCGGUAAAAUACCAGCACUGUCACAUAUAACAUCGACUGGCCUCUCAUCAAUUUUAUCACAACAACAGGCUUCUCACAUAAGAAAAGAGCAUGGCGAAAGAAACAUGGAAAAAAACAAAGUUAAAUUUUCCAAUACAGUUACUGUGGCUGUGGUGCCAGAUAUGCGAAAAGAAAAAACGAUGAAAAAAGAUGUUCAUCGUUCAAAGGCGUUAAACGACUCUCCAUCGUUAAACCUUCAAAACGAUGCAUCGCUUACAUGGGUUUAA